AAGCGGCAGCCCGGGCAGGGAGCCGCCGUCGGAGCCCUUGCACGCCUGCUCUCUCGUAGCUUCUCUCAGCCUAGCCCAGCAUCACUAUGGUGGACGCUUUCCUGGGCACCUGGAAGCUAGUGGACAGCAAGAAUUUCGAUGACUACAUGAAGUCACUCGGUGUGGGUUUUGCUACCAGGCAGGUGGCCAGCAUGACCAAGCCUACCACAAUCAUCGAAAAGAAUGGGGACAUUCUCACCCUAAAAACACACAGCACCUUCAAGAACACAGAGAUCAGCUUUAAGUUGGGGGUGGAGUUCGAUGAGACAACAGCAGAUGACAGGAAGGUCAAGUCCAUUGUGACACUGGAUGGAGGGAAACUUGUUCACCUGCAGAAAUGGGACGGGCAAGAGACCACACUUGUGCGGGAGCUAAUUGAUGGAAAACUCAUCCUGACACUCACCCAUGGCACUGCAGUUUGCACUCGCACUUAUGAGAAAGAGGCAUGACCUGACUGCACUGUUGCUGACUACUACUCUGCCAAUCGGCUACCCCUCGACUCAGCACCACAUUGCCUCAUUUCUUCCUCUGCAUUUUGUACAAAUCCACGAAUUCUUCUGGGGUCAGGUGCCACUGACCGGGAUCCAGUUCCAGUUCCCAUGGUGUAUGUGGUUUUUUUUGUUUUUUUUUUUUUAACUGCACUCAUAGGGUGCUCUGAGGUCAAUAAAGCAGAGCCAAGGCCA